CCUCUCUCUCUCUCUCUUCCCUUUUUGUGGUUUUGAGCUGCUGCUGCUGUAACUGCAUUCUCUCCCUCUCUCUCUCUCUCUCUCUUGUUUCUCCUUCAUCUUUUUCGGUUCAUUUUUUGCUUUGGUGGGGAGCGAACCAGAUGCGCUUGCCUCUGUGAGUGAGCCUCCUGUUGUUUGCUGUCUUUGUUUGGGUUAUCUGCUUCUUCCUUUAUUUCUCUUGUAUGCCGCCUGAAAAAAUAACAGGUAUGAUGUUUCUCAACACCAUCCUGAGAUGGUCGGGGUUUGAAAAUAGGCAAGAGGGCACGGUCUUUUCUCUUUCUUGUUCGUCGGGUAUGUGUCCUUCCCCUUUCCUUUCUGGGGUUCGUAGCCUCGCCUUGCAUCUAUGGUAGAGGUUUGAUGUUGGUGAAAGCUGUGACAUUUUAAUAUAAUGGUAAGUGAAGGAGGACCCUCAACUUCUGAGAGUGCAGAAACAAGGUGGAAGCACCGAUAUCUCUCACUAAAACUGCUGUAGGAAGGAGAGGUCCAAGAAAAGAACACAGGAAAAUAACAAAAGGGGGGAAGGUUUUCUUCAGAUGUUAUCCAUUCAAAACCCUUCAGAUCCUCCAUGUUCUUCCGAGAUCUCAGCAAGGAAUAGGAGAAAGGAUGAAAGGACUUCUGAUCAACUUUCGCUUUUUGAGGCAGAUCUGCCGACCUCAGCUAGUCACCAGCUAGAGCUACUGCACUUCUCAAUCAGAGAUUAUGUAUAUAGGGCAAGGAAAAAGGAUAUAAGCCAGAACUGGCCAUUUGCUCAUCCCUACCUGCAAGUGUGUCUUGACCAUGGAGUGAAGGACGUCCUGCCUCCUUUCGAGCCUCCUGAUACCUUCCAUCGUCGGUACUCUAACCGCGAGCAGGCCCUGGUGGAUGCUCAUGGAGAAAAGGCUAUUGAGUCAUUGCACGAGGAGUCCAGCGAUGGCCGACGUUUGUUUCUUACGUGCAUAGAUCAGGUUGAAGUUGCUGAUAGCACUGGUCAUCAGGAACAGCGGAGAAGCUCGAAGGAGAAGCGAUCAUCGGUGGAGUCUCCUCCCGAGGCUCAACAGGAAGGAGUUGAUACGGAAUCGACGAUAACCAGUGAUAAUCUCGUGGGAGAAAGGUUAUUGCCACCAAAGAAAUGUCGUUACCGGCCUUCUGCUAGGAAUAGCAGUGAUCGACCGCCUGUGGUAGUCAAAAUCCGUCGAUCUGGGCCCACGUCGGGCAAGGGACAGGCCCGUAAGCAGGUUGUGGAGGAGGAAGGUUGUUGUGCAAAAGCAGCACCAAGAGGUGAGGAUCAAAGCUCUGUGACUGGAAGCAAAGAGGUGUGCUUGGAAGUCAAGCCUGAGUCCAGCCGAAGCGAAGGCUUUUGUUCAAACUUGAGCACCUUAGUGGAUCCUAUGGCUUCAAAGCUAUGCCCUGUUUGCAGGGAGUUCUCAUCGACCUCUAAUACUACUUUGAACGCUCACAUCGAUCAGUGCUUAGCGUUGGUUUCGUCCGACCAAAUCACGGAUGGCAUCAAGACGAAGAAGAAUAAGGUGAAGCCGAGGAAGAUCAGGACAAUGGUUGAUAUCUAUGCAACUGCACGUAGGUGCACCCUCGAGGAACUUGAUCGCCUGAAUGGCACAACUUGGGCUCAGAAUACGGGUAUCGUGCCAUUGGCUGGAGAGCACCUGGAAGAGAGGAAAAGGCCGCAGCUAUCUGAUGCCAAUUCUGCUGAUGGCUCUGAUUCAGGUGCUGUUUAUAUUGAUUCCAGUGGCACAAAGGUCCGAAUUCUGUCCCAACUAAAUGACGAUUCUAUUAACCUUAACUCGAGGAAACCUUCAGCGAGUGACAGUGUUGAAAGAAGUCCUCUUCCGUGCAUCAAGAGGAGCCCCCUCUCUAAUAAUGCCAAAAUUUCUAGGUUGAGACCUCAGAGCAAGACAUUGAGUACUUUCACAAUCCCUGGAAAUCAGAUUCAUAACAAACGAAAGCGUGUGUCCCUGCAAGAUGAUGCUCAAGGGAAAACUAGAUUGUCGGGGCCUUUAAAGCAGUGGGUAAGCUUGAAAUGCACAGGUGCCUGGAGGAAAAAAAUUAUGAAUGAUGGGCAGCAUGAUCCUACUGAAGACAACAUUGUGCAGAAUGGUGAUCUCUCUACAGCUGAUGGAUCCAAGUCCAUUUCAGCUGGUUUGAUGAAAAACUUUGUUCCUUCACCAAGUGAGUCGGCAGACACUCAUCAGGAUUCCACCAAUGAGGCUAUGGAUAUGGGGAAAACCUUGGAGAAAAAAUGCCGCAAAAAAUUAUAUCGUACAAGUGGGAGAAAAAUUUUGUCCAUGGGGAAGAACUUUUUCUCAAAAAGAUCAGAUCUCCCCAAAAGAGUGUACAGGUUUAAGAGCACCAGCAGAGUAAUUCCAGCUGAUCAUCAGGAAGUGAAUUCUUCCACCGGAACUGGUGAUCUGUUAGAACAGGCAUGUGAUCCUGAGAAUGGAUGCAGUAGAACAUGUGACCCUGGCCUUCCAAGUUCUUUUCAAGCUGAAAAAGACUCUUCCUUGAGGUGCUUGAGAAAUUCUUUUGAAACUGACUCUAAUAAGUUGGUUGAUGAUGGAGAUCUUAGUAAAAGCAGUGAAUUGGACUCUGUUGGAAAGUCUGACAGCACAGAUAUGGCAAUGGAAGAGGACCUUGUGGCUCCUAAAUCACAAGCUGAUCAUGGAUACCUCACAGAUGAACCAGUAGUUGUUGAUCUUGAUGCUGGACAUAAGGCUGACAGCCAAGAGCCAAUAACCAGAGAAAUCACACCAUAUAUGGAAAUGCCACUUUCGUCUCUGGAUGUAGUUCCUGCAGGUCUCACCAGUUCUUUAGCCUCUAGAGAUCCGCAAAGUAUUUCUGUCAAGCCCCUGCUUUUAGAUGUUAACUCUCAGUGCUUGGAUUCUGGUGUGCAAGUUCAACUAGAAACAAAACUAUCUGGAUUGACUGGAGAAGGAAGCUCUUGCAACAUUCAUGUAACGGAUAAGGUAGUCCAUCCUAGUGGUCAAGCAAUGGGCGAUGACAUGGAUGCUGAAUGUAAUCAAUACAUUCAGGAAGUCCCAGCUUCCAUCUCUCGAGUUAAUACUUCUGGGCUUCAAAGUGAAGCAAGCAUUUCUCCCUUAAGGGAAAGUACAUAUAGGGAUGCGGUUCUGGAGAAACCCACUGUUGGGUGUAGCAGUCCAGUGAUGCACGGCUAUCCAAAACUUGUUAUUUCUCAUGAUCAGCAUAACCUGCUUGAUAGAUAUUCAACACAAAUGUCUCCUGACUCAAGUAGAUCAAGCAUUUCUGUUCCAACAGCAACCAGGCCUUUACUGUCACCAGGAUCAUUUCCUAUGCAUUCUGAACGGCUAGAAAAGGUGAAUUUGAGCCCUUUACACUGCUGUUCCGAGCCAGUAAGGAAAGACACGGGCCACCUUGUCCAAGUUUACCAACCAGCACCACCAAAAGGCAUAUUGGGUGGACAAGCUACUGGUUCAGCUUUACCUUUAGAAGUAUCAAAAGGAUUUGGAGAUGCUCAACAUUGCCAUUGUAGCAAGGGGAGUUGUAGAGGUUCCUUUUCAAUCUGUCCAAGCGAGGUGAUGUCCUGUGGUUCAAAUUCAUGUCAAAUGAGGCCUCCUGGUUCUGUAAGUUCGAGAAAUGAACUUGAUGAGGGCAUGUCUGCUAGUAUUUCAAAUUUUACCCCCCAAUAUUCAAGUAUCUGGCAGCCGCCAAUAGGCAGUAAGGUAGCUAAUGCACACGUCCAACCUACAAGAUUUGUUCCUAAAAAUCUGCAAGCAGAUGUUACAAUGUCCCGUGGAUGCUGCUAUUCCCCACCUGCAGAAUCUGAUCAUGGUCGUGUCCAGCCCUCUCCUAGUUCUGUUCUGCGGUUAAUGGGAAAGGACCUCAUGGUUGCAAACAAUGAAGUUGAUCCUACGGAACUGCCCAAAGCUUCUUCUGACAGCACAGCUGGUCAUCCUAAUUCCAAGUAUCUGAGCCUUCUUGGAUUUCCUGGGGCCUACAAUGCUAAUCUGGGUCAGGUUUCUUCCGAUCAUAUUCACUCCGAUGCCUCUUUGGUUUGUGACCAUAAGUACAAGGACAUGCAAUAUGCAAGUUCCAGGUUCUCAAAACCCCAUGGUGAUUUUAGUAAUUUUCGGGUCUGCCAACUCCCGCUGCAGUCCAACAGUUGCCAUGACAUCCACAGCGGUGGUAUUUCCAGGUUGUGCUUUUCAUCAGGCUUUGGUUCAGAUGUUCAGAAUGAAAAUUUCUUCCAAAAGUUUGGCCCAUCAGGUUCUUUUGAUGCCAAAAAGCUGGGGAUUGCUCGUAAGAACCACAAGCAGGUCCUCGCGCCCUUUGGUGCAAAGUCUUCACAAGAAAUCAUUAUAAUUGAUGAUUCACCUGAGCCUUACAGGACAAGUUCAGUAGUGGGUGAUGCACUGCAGCGUGAGUUUCAAGAGAACAGGCUGUCCCGGGAUGCCGUCGUAUUUCCAGUACUUCCAAUUCCCAGCUGCAGUGGAGUACAUGCUUCGCCUUCUUAUCCUUUGCCUCAUGAUCUGGCUGAUGGGGAAUCAUCCAUUGGUUCACAGAGGAGAUUGUUCACAUCUUGCCCUGGUGCAAGUAUUAACUCGAUGGUAAACCGAGGAAACUCCGAUGGUUCUGGAACGUCUGGGAUGAAUCAUUUUGUUCUGCGGUCGGUUGCAGCUGCUCAACAUAACCCGGCACUCUGUUAUUCGCAAAGGUCGUAGUCUGCUUCUCCUGCCCUGAAGCAUUUGCUGGUCCGUUGUGCUGUUAAAGUAGCUUCCGACUUUCAUCUAAUCAUGCUUUGAUGGGGACAACUUCGAUCUUGAACACCAGAUCAUGAACUGAUGCAUGAUUCGAGCAUUUCCGGACUCCUGCAUGCCUGGCUUUUUCUUGUAAUUCGCUUACAAGAAUCUUGCUGGGACUCUUUUUAUUUGUUCCAUAGGUAGUAUAAAAUCAGCUCAGGUAAAGAGUUCUUUGAUAUAAGCAGAAGAAAAAAAACAAAAUCAUCGUAUAGGUGCUGUCUGCGGGGCUGCAGGUUCAGCCUGCCAACAUAUGUAUAACUUUCAAUAGCAAAUAAUUACAAGCUCUUUAACGAUGAAAUUUUAAUAAUUUUGAUAUUUAGCUUCUAA